UCUUGUAGCCAAUAGCCGUAAAAAAAUAAAAAAAUAAAAGCUAAGAAAGCGAGUUGUGUCAAGAAUUUUGCGUUUUUAGUUAGAAAUCAUUUAGAAUUAAAGGAAAAUGUAAAGUAAUCAAUUUACAAAAGUUUCAACAUUGUUAUGAAGAAUGUUACGAAAAUUUUGAAAAAGUUAUUGUGAUCAAAGUGUGUGAUAAAUUCUGGAAAGAUGGCAAAAAAAUCUGAUAAUACUGGCGGGAAGCUGGUUACCAUAUCUGUAGUUGGUUUGUCUGGUACGGAAAAGGAGAAAGGGCAGCUAGGCGUGGGCAAGUCGUGCCUCUGUAACAGGUUUGUUCGAACCCACGCCGAUGAUUACAACGUCGAUCACAUUUGCGUUCUGAGUCAGUCGGAUUUCAGCGGGCGCGUUGUGAACAACGAUCAUUUCCUGUACUGGGGCAACGUGCAGAAGGAGAACGACGAUCAGGAGUACAGGUUCGAGAUAGUCGAGCAGACCGAGUUUGUGGACGAUGCGUGCUUUCAGCCGUUCAAAGUUGGCAAAACUGAACCGUACGUGAAGCGAUGCGUCGCCACGAAACUCCAGUCGGCCGAGAAAUACAUGUACGUGUGCAAGAACCAGCUCGGCAUAGAGAAGGAGUACGAGCAGAAACUGAUGCCGGAAGGGAAGCUCACCGUUGACGGGUUCAUGUGUGUCUAUGACGUCAGCCUGGUGCCGGGGAGGACUUGGGAGAAACAGAACGAAAUUAUAGCGGCCAUAUUGCAGAAUAUAAUCAAGCUCAAGAAGCCGGUUGUACUGGUGACUACGAAAAACGAUGAGGCUUGCGACCAGGGAGUCCGGGAGGCCGAACGCUUAGUUCAAAGGAAAGAGUUCAAAGGUUCCAUACCGAUAGUGGAGACGUCCAGCCACGACAACGUCAAUGUGGACCAAGCGUUCUUCCUGCUGGCCCAGAUGAUUGAUAAGUCGAAAGCGAGGAUCAAGGUGGCGAACUACGCGGAGGCUCUGCGCAUAAGGCGGGAAACUUUGGACUUCGUGACGGAAGCGUUCACUCAGCUCAUACGGAUACACGUCGAGGAUCAUAAAGAAUUAUGGUCUUCUGUGAGCAAGAGGCUUUGUCAUCACGCGGAGUGGAUUAAGUUUGUUCAACAGUUUGGGAAUGAUGGUACUCAAGUCGUGUUCCGUCGGCACGUGCGCCGCCUCAAGGAGGAGCGCUCUGCGAAGAAGCUGCGGAACCAACUCGCCAAGCUGCCUCAAGUGUUGGCGAGACUCCAGCUGCCCACCGAAGAACUACAAGAGAACGACUGGCCGGUGGUGGUGCGGCAGCUGCGCCUGCACCGCGACUUCUCGGUGUACUUCAGCGAGGGCCGCGGCGCCGACUCGUGCUCCGAGACCGGCUCCGAGCUGGACAGCCCCCUCGCCAUCGACACCACGCUGCGGGUCGGCGAGAGGACUCGCUAUCAGACACUCGGUCAGUCGCAGAAGAUACCCUACGAGAUAUUGGAGACGAACGAGGCAGCUGCGGUGUUCAAGUCCUUCCUUCACGAAGCCCAGGAGGAGCAGAGGAAUUAUGAAUGGUGUCAGCAAUUCAAACGUCUCCUGGAGGAGACCGGGUACGUGACCCCUGGGAAGCAGCUGUCGGAGGUGCGCGUGCUGCUGAUGGGCAGGGAGUGCUACGAGGCCCUCUCCGAAGAACAACAGCAGAGGGUCUACGACCAGCACCAGAGGCAGAUACAGCGUCGGGCGAAACACAACUUUCAGGAGUUGCUACUGGAGCACGCGGACCUGUUCUACCAUUUCAAGAGCAUAUCGCCGACCGGGACCAUAACGCAAGAAGACAUCAAGGAAAUCACCGAUGUGCUGCAAGAUGACUUUAGGUACAAAAUGCUGGAUCGGAUGGAGCAAGACAGGAAGCUGAUGCUGUUCCAGCACCUCGGGUUCGUGCACUGCCCGAUGCGGGAGCACUGCCCCGCCGGACCCAACUGUCUGGACGCCACCCUGCCCGUCAUACUCAACACCAGAGUCGGGUCGCUGACGUCGGCAGGCGAGUCCCAGUGCCUGGCCGGGCCGCCCGCCGCGCCCUGGGCCCUCACCACCGACACCAACCACAUCAACGUCAUCAUCCUCGGGAUGGAAGGUGUGGCUGGCGAAUUCGGCAAGCGCCUGAUGGCCGGCUGCGACUCCGAGCGGCGCAUCAACGUGCACGGACACAGCUGGAGGCUCGAGCAGAGGAUCAGGACCGAUGACUUCUCUGAAACGACCUCCAUAGACGAUUUUGCACCUAAUGGCUACUUCUGUGUGUAUCAAGAUCAAGAAUCUUUUGAAUACAUCCGAGCUUGUGCCGAGAAGACUUUGCUUUGUAGUUUGGAACAAGAAGACAAACUGCCUUUUCAAGGUCUGCCGCUAGUCGUGAUGUUCGUACAAGACGAGGGAAUGGAUAAGAAGGAGCUGGCCAGACUCCAAGAGGAGGGUCAGAAUCUCGCCGACAACCUCCACUGCUCGUAUAUGGAGGCGUCCAUCGGCGAGCUGGGCACGGAGGCGCUGACCCGCGAGGCGGUGCAGGAGCUGGUGCGCGCCAACAGGGACAAGGCGAGCUACGCGCAUUUGUACCGUGACGUCAUUGUGUGCUUCGACUCCGAUAUCAGAAUAAUGGUGUGCAUGUUCUGCGACGACCCGUACUCGGCGGAGCGAGUGCUGAGUCCGUUCCUGUCGCACCGCGGCUGCUUCCUCACCGGCGACCGCUCGCUGCUCAUAGAGACCUUCCUCGGAGACUCCAAACGGAAGGUCGAGGUAAUAAUAUCAAGUUUCCACGGAGCCAGUCAAUUCAGAGAGGAGCUGAUACACGGUUUCAUUCUGAUUUAUUCGGCGAAGAGAAAAGCCAGCUUAGCUACCUUAAAUGCGUUUUCGAUGAACAUACCAAACCUGCCAAUACAAAUGGUGGCGGUGACGGAGGGCGGCGGCUCGGCGGCCAGCGCGUUCUUCGGCACGGACGUCGGGCACGCGCUGCUCACGGACGGGAACGCCACCGCCGACCGCCUCGCCGCGCACUUCGCCACCUACUCCUGCAGCGCAGACGCCAAAUCCGCGUUCUACACGUCGUUCUUCAAGGAGGUGUGGGAGCGCAAGGGCGAGAUCGAGCGCGCCUUCCGCCUGGAGCAGCCCGGCGCCGCGCACAACCUGCCCGACGUGGCCGCGGCGCGCGCGCCCGCUCGCUGCGACCCCGCGAGGGAGCACAAGUUAACGAACUCGUUGGAUCUGCUCAUCGGGCCCGACUCGAGAGCCGACAUCGACUCUGAGUACAGCGACACCCUGAACAACUCCAAGAACAGAGGAUUCUUGAAAGGUUUCAGCGUGUACCCCCCUCCCAGCACGCCGCCGGAGCCUGCGCCCCCGGACCACAGAAUGCACCCGGAUUUGUCUCCGGAUCUCAACUGUUCUGAAGAUUCACUGAGCACACACGAGUCAGAUGGCGGUGGGUUGUGGCAGCCUCCCGGCUACGGGCACCGCGCCUUUACCACGGGACGCACGCGCCCGCACCCGCCGCCCCCGCGCCCCCGACACUCACAGACGCUCAAGCAACCCGGUAAAUUGGACAUGAACAACUACACGAUGGUCAGCGACGCUCUACAACACAUCACUAUAGGUCCCCCGGCUCACUCCCGAGACAGGAAGUCUCAACGUUCCGGCUGGUCACACUCGAGCGGUCAGCAGGGUCACCACCACCACCCCUCCGGAGUCAGCUCGGAAACUGAACUGGAUGCUCAAUACGCGCAGAUUAAAGAAACGAACGAGUAUAUGGAGGCGCCAUCUAUGACGCGCUUGAGGAGACAUCGGAGACACGAGAAGACACCGCUGCACCAACCAUCGUUCUCGGAGACGGACAGUUCCGGUUCUAGCGAAGCGUCCGGUGCCGGACGCGCGCCCGCCCGCCGCCGCCACGCCGCGCACCACGCGCCGCGACACUACAAGAAACGGUCCUUAGGUAACCUGGUGGCGGUGCAAAGCCCGCGAGUCCCGAAGCUCGGCAUGUUCGUGGGGCCGCCGGAGCUGCCCACCGGCUACAGAGGUAGAACGCAAGAGGACAAGGCCGCCAGCGAGUCUAGCGACGGCAGCUCGGACGCGGACACGCGGCGGGUGCGCCCGCUGCCGCCGCCCCCGCACCACGAGCCCACCCACAAGAUACUUGCCGGCGAGUACCCGGCGUCGAUACAGGAGAACUGUACGGCCAGCGCGCCGGACCCGCGCCGCAGACCUCACCCCUUCGGCAAACACGACAGGAGGCACAAGGAAUUCUCGAAGAGUAAGGACAAGAAGAACUCAUCACAAGCAGCCAAUGCAGCGUCAAUUCAGAAUUGGGGUCCGCAGGGCGGACACGGCGUUCCACUGUUCGUAGAGAAGUGCAUAGAGUUCAUAGAGCGCGAAGGGCUGGGCUCCGAGGGACUGUACCGCGUGCCUGGAAAUAGGGCUCACGUCGAUAUGCUCUUCACCAAGUUCUACGAAGAUCCGAAUAUAGAUUUAGAUUCGCUAGACAUACCCGUGAAUGCUGUCGCCACUGCGCUCAAGGAUUUCUUCUCGAAGAAAUUACCGCCAUUACUCGAUGAGGCGAGCAUGGCGCAAUUGGAAGAUAUCGCGAAAGUGCACGUUGUGGGUACAGCGAUGCGCGGCUGCAUGGCGGGCGGCGUGGAGCUCAAGGACCGCAGCUGGCGGCUGCUGGCCCUGCGCGCGCUGCUGCACUCCGCGCUCACGCCGCUCGCGCGCGCCACGCUCGACUACUUGCUGCACCACUUCGCCAGAGUCGCCGACAACUCGAAACUGAACUCGAUGGACAGCAAGAACCUGGCGAUAUGCUGGUGGCCGACCCUCCUCCCGGUGCAGUUCUCGGACAUGGGCAGGUUCGAGAUGACGAGGCCCUACCUCGAGGACAUCGUCCAGACAAUGAUCGAUCAGCACCCGUUUCUGUUUCGAGGGCAGGAGGCGUUUGUCAUGGUGUGAGGGCAGUUGGAAACCACAAUGCAGGUUGCAUUCGUGAUGAACGACGUCUGACGUCACGCGAUCCCGUGACGUCACUGAACAUUUUCGAAACGGCUUGGUGUCGACCGAAUUCAAUCUCGAAGUGAGGUUUUUUUUGUUUCAAACUAGUGACGAGUGCGUGCGCGUUAUACGGGCAUUAAUCGACUAUCGACUUUUGUAGUCGAUAAUUUUAUAUCGAUUUACUGUAUUAACGUUGUGUAUCGGCAAGCUAUUGUUGUUCUAUUGUAGUAUUUUUGAAGUCGACGUGAUGAUAGAUUCCUUAGAAUUUAUAGUGCGUUUUUUAUUUUAAUAUACGUUUUUCCAUAUCAAUGCAUGCUUAGUGUGACGCUGUUGUUAUUAGAGGCUUGCGGUAUGUUCCCAUAUUUUCACGGCUUUCAUCGUUUGAAUGUAUUCGUUUUCUUUAUUUAUAUUCAGUACUGUUCGUAGUCGUUAUUAUAUACAACAAACAAUAAUCGGUUGGUAUUUUAUAUCGAUUUUGUGAGGAUAAAAAAAUAAUCGAUUAACACUUUCUAAAAUUAUCGCAUUUAAAUAGCUUUAAGAUUGGAAAUUCAAGCACAAAAACGUAUUUAAUGAAAAGGUUUUUAAACCUAGUAUUAUCGAGUAUAUUUGAUAGUUAACGUUUUUAUUAAUGGCAACACCACGUAACGAGCACAUUCCGUUCAAUCGAAAAUAUUAAGGAGUAAUUGUUUAUUAUAAUUACGUAAUUGUAAGUGACGUAUUUGUAAUCGUUGUUUUAAAAAAGUAUCGGUGUAAGUGUGUCUUUGAAAUCAAACGGUAUUGCCAACAUGCAAAAAUGCCUUUCGUAUGUGACCGUGGUUCAAUGUGUUUUGAUUUUUUGUAUCUUUUUUUUUUAACUGAAAGUGCAGCUUUGAGUUGUGAUAUUUUUGUGAAGCCCUAGAUGCCGUAAUAUUUGUAAAUAAAUAAUAGUAAUUGUCAUUUUUAAGUUACAUACUGGACAAAAGUUUGUAGAAAAUCAGCUUUGAAAUCGCCUUAUCAAUAUAAUUAUUGUUCAGAUACCUUUGAAUCAUAAAUCAAUUUGAUCUUGCCAGGCUACCAUGAUCACAGAUUGCUAUAAUAUUAUAAUUAAAAAAAAUUAAAAACGUGAUACCGUUUAUAUGAUCUGUGAAUUCAGAAUAUAUUACCUGUGAGAUUUUACUCGGAACAUAUAAAUAACAUUAUUUGCAUAUUAGUGUUGUAUGAAUCGAGAAUCUUUGGACAUAGGCAGCACACCGGUAAAAAAAAAAGAAAUGACAGUCUGUCAAACCAUUGACGUUUAAAAUGUAGUCGGUUAAGAUGUGUGCUUCCCUUUGCUUUGUGAGCCUUCGUAUCAUUAUUUUCCCAUUAAUUAUUUUGGGUAUUUUUAAUUAGUUUAGUAUAACAAUAUGGCAGUCGAGCUAGAUAAAAUUAUUAGAAAAUGUAAUUAAACAACACAGUGAGUGUUUUUUGUUGUUGUCUGAAUCAUCACAUUUUUAUAUCGAUCUUUAUUAUUUUCAAAUGGCAACUUCACUUUUGUAAUAACAUUCGAGACUGAUCUAUCGUUUAGUUCCUUUUAUUAAUAUUAACAAAUUCAUAACGCGAAUCGUUUAUGCGGCGUUUUAUUUUUGUCGAAUGAUAAAAUUUUAUCGAUUCAAAGUCGAUUCAGGAAAUGUUUUACGAUUAUUUCAUCAACGGUAAUUAGAACGAGUUUAUUUAUGAAUUGGUAAAGCGUUUCGCUUAAAUUAUGUAGCUUAAGUUGGCUUCGAAUCGAUAUAUAAGUUAUAUAUCGAUUAUCGAAUCGAAUCGAUACAUAAGUUCUAUAUCGAUAGUUUUAAAGAAUCGCGCGAGUGGCCUAUUUUUGUAAAUGUAAGUGUGUGUAGAUAAUUGCCGCGUAGGAAAUUAUUGUAUUGUACAUUUUAAUAAUAUGUAUUAUUUCGAGGCUCGCUUUUGUUAGAAGCAAUUUUUUGUUUUUUUUUUUGUUUACAAUCUCGUCAGAUAUAUUCGCGUAAGCUAAAAUGUCCACGAGUCAAGUGUGCGCUCGUUUAUGUGAACGCUGAUUAAAAGAAGAUUUAUCUCCGUACUGAAAUUUAAAAUAAGAUUUAGUUUUUGUGUAUUUAAAUAUUUUUUUAAAACAUCACACUGUAUUUUAGAUGAAUUUCGAAAAUUUUAUAUUAUUAAUUACUUUUCGUAUGAGAAAUGAUUUUAGGUGUUCAUAUAUAUUAAUAUAUGUAUGUAUAUUGUUUUAUUUUGCCAAAAAACGUGCAAUGCUAUCAUUAAUAUAUAUUAUAUAUAAUAAACUUAUCGUGUUUUACGACUAAUGAUUGUAUUUCAUCUGUUUCGCGUAUUUGUAAGCAUUAUUAAUUAUAAGUACGUACGUGUAAUGUUUUCGAUUAAGAAUAUAAUAUCUAAUAUAUAAAAUAUUCUCCAGUAAGCGUAGAUUUAAGACGUGUAAAAUGUAAGUUUUUAUCAAUAUUGUAAUAGCGUAUUGUGCUAUCUCUUUCGCGCACAGUGCGGCGUGCACGUUUGCGCGAAAGAGACGCCACGUCAUGUCCAUUAGGGGAAAUAUGGAGUUUUUAUAUUUUACUAUGAAUCGAAUGAGAAAAGAAAGACAUUGAACGUACCUACUGUUUUUUUUUUAAUAUAUUUAAUAUUAUAAUUUGUCUAGAAAUUUUCGCUUUGUAUCGAUCUCAAGAAUUUCUGUUGGGUUUUCUUAAAAAUUUAAAUUCCUUUAACAAAUAACCCUUCCCCUAAUGCGUGUGUGUUUUAUUUUUCAUUAAUAUUUCUACGAUGAAGUGGUCCGUGUAAAUAAUGUAAAUUCAUUGUGUUUUUAUUAGUUUUCGCUUAAUAAUUUAUUUAUUGAGAUAUAUUUUUUUAAUGAAAGAUUUUUAUAUUGAUAUUUUUGUUAUUUGAUGAACGCAAUAUUAUUUUUCGGAUAUAUUUUUUUUUGUUUGUUUUUUUUUUAAGUGCCAUGUAUGUUUUCGUAACUGAUCGUGAUUUCGGUGAUUCCUCGUUUUUUUUUUUGUUUCCAUUUUUUUUUUUCGAUUGUUUUUCGCGUAGUUUCUCUCGAAUGUUCUAUGGUUGUAUCGAUGUAAGCUUGUUCGGACGUUGCGUCCCUGCCUACCGUCUGACUGCGUUGUCGUAAAGUACCUAAGCUUUUGGUAGGGUGUCGUUAGUGUGUAUAAAAUGAAGUCUUCUUAUCGUGUAUUUUGAAGACUAAGCAAUUAAGAUUAAUGUUGUGCGCGAGGAGAUAAAAGCUCCGUUUUUUACUGAAAACUUAACUAAAUAGAACGUCUUUUUUUAAAAAUAUCCACCAUGAAACCCUAUUUUGAUAUUGUGAAGCUAUAUAACAAAAUGGCGUAGAGAAUCUGUUCGUGCACGUUAACUUUAUAUUUAUGCUGUAGUUUGAUUGAUGUUGUGAUAUUCGGAUAGAGAAGCUACCACGAAGGGCAUGACAGACAUGUUUUUUUUUUGCUAUGGCAACACUUGAUUUAAUCAAACGAACCUUCCGUAUUGUUCAAGGCAUCGUUUGUUCAUUCGGUUCAUUAGAACAACAAGAUGAUCAAACUUAAAUUCAAAAAAGAAAUGUGAAUAACAUAACGUAAAAUAAUAAUAUACAUAAUAAUUUUGAUGUGAGCGUUUCUUGCCAUAGACUAGAUAUUCUAACACGCUGAGUGAAAAGAGACAGUGUUGCCAUGAUAUGAAAAGUUGACACGUCCUACAAAAAUUUCAUAAAUCUUAAUAUGUGGCAACACGGCGCUUUUAAUGAAGACUAUGAGUGAAAGGUUCAUUAGAAUUCGAGAAUGUUGACAUGUCGUUGUCAUGUCCUUGUCAGUGUUAGUUGACGGCAGGCCGGAGACGCGCCGUUCGUGAAAUCAAUUUUGCUAUGCGUCUCAAUUACUGUAAACACACAGUUCAAAGGAAUGUGUCAUAUUUUAUAUUAAAUAACCAUCUAUGUA